ACAUAGUAUAAGCCGUCACGCGAAUGCAUAAAUGUUACAGUCAUACAGAUACAGUCGAACGAAUAUGGACAGAUUAAUAUCAGUUUUAUUAUUUGCGUUACUUGCAUUGCCAGUAUUGACAGUAUUAAGUACUAGAAGAGGAUGCAACACUUCAUUCUGGGGUACAGAUUGCCAAUUCCAAUGCGGAAAUUGCCUGAAUUCACUAUGUGAUGAAAUUACCGGUGAAUGUCAGAACGGAUGUAAUGGACCUUUUAUUAAGCCUCUUUGUAUAGCAGAGUGUAGUAAUGGUACUUUUGAGACAAAUUGUGCACAAAAGUGCGGACAUUGCAAAAAUGAUACUUCUUGUGAUAUUGCAAGCGGCAUUUGUGAACAUGGAUGUGAACCUGGAUGGAAAGACCUACACUGUAUUAUCAAGUGCGACGAAGGACAAUACGGUACUCGAUGCUUAGAACAAUGUGGUAUGUGUCUACAUAAAGGAGCGUGUAACCCUCAUAAUGGGGAAUGCGUAAGCUGUCAUCCCGGGUUCUAUGGAAAACUCUGUAAAGAAGACGCCAAUCUGCUAAAUCAUAUCAAACAUUUGGUGACAGUGACUGCAUCUUCUGUUUACAAAACCUGGGAUAGUAUAAAGGCAAUUGAUGGUACAUUAGCUGCUAACCCGGAAACUUGUAACUGUUGUGCAGGCACAGAGAAUGCAGAAACAUCAUGGUUGAGAAUUGAUCUGCAUAGAAAAUAUCCUAUACGGAAAAUAAUCCUUUAUGGAAGAACGAAUGAACAUACAUUCCAACAACUUGAAGGAAGUCAUAUUAUUCUUCAAAACGAUAGUAUUGACAACGGAUAUAAUUCCAACAGCAGCGUUGUUUCGGAGGAAGACACAUAUGUACUUACGCUACCAGACAUUUUAUGUAAAUACGUUACUGUUAAAAGAGCCGGGAAGUUGACCUUGUGUGAGAUUAGAAUAGAAGAGGGAGAGUGUGUUAUCGGGACGUUUGGAAAUGAGUGUGAGAAAAAUUGCUUUUGUGCCGAUAAGAAACCAUGCGACAGACAGACAGGAGUCUGCAUGUCUUCGAUCUGCGAAAUUGGAUUCAUGGGCGAAUCAUGUAACGAAGAAUGUCCAUUCCAAACCUUCGGACAAGAAUGUUCCAAAAGAUGUUACUGUUUUGAUGACGAAGAAUGUACUAAAGAUUAUGGGCUUUGCCCGGGUGAAUGUGCCCCGGGGUACCAAGGACAUCACUGCGAAAUGGAAUGUCCAUCUGGUCGAUUUGGCUUCAGAUGUGACCAUACGUGUGGACACUGCCGAUAUGGAAAGACAUGUAAUCACGUAAACGGGCUUUGUGAAGACGGAUGCAAAGAUGGUUAUGAUGGAAUGCUUUGCAAUCACGCUUUAAACCUCCUUGAAAGAAUUAAACUGGAUUUAGUGGCAACGAUGUCAUCGACCUACCUCGACUGGGGGCCAUACAAAGCAAUCGAUGGCAACGAUGGCCCAGAUCCAAUCCUCUGCGAGUGCUGCAGUGCAACGAAUAAUGAGGCUUUUUCUUGGUGGAAAGUUAACAUGGAAAGAAAAUUCUCUAUAAGUAGUAUCGAAAUAAUUCCCAGAAAAGACGAAAGAGUGUUUCAUCAUUUAACAGGAUUUACAAUCACAUUGAAAAAUGAUUCAGCUGAAAACGGUGUCUUAAUUUACACUAACGAAGAAAUAGAUGGCAGCAACUCUGUGAAAAUUUCAAUACCAAAUAUUCUGGCUUCUAUACUAGAAAUACGAAGAUCAGGAAUACUGGUAAUCUGCGAGGUCAAAGUGUUUGAAGGAGUAUGCCAGGUGGGUUAUUAUGGUGAAGAAUGUGAUAUGCUUUGCAACUGCGCCGACAAGCUCUCGUGCAAUAGAACUGACGGUACCUGUCAAACGCCUGUUUGUGACAUUGGAUGGUCUGGGCCAGCUUGCAACUUGGCCUGUCCUGUAGGGUUUUAUGGUCAAGAUUGUAAAAAUAAAUGCGGCGAGUGUGCGGAUCUAACACACUGUCACUCUAAAACUGGUAUAUGUCAGAAGGGUUGUAAAUAUGGUUUCGUCGAGCCGUUCUGCAAGUAUCAUAGUGAAACAAAAAGCGGAAGUGGAAGUGGACAUCCUCGUAAUAUGCUUGCAUUCCUCAGCUGUACUCUGAUACUGUUGACAAUAUAGCGUCGUUUGUUUUAGGAGUUCGUCUACGAGCAGCAUUACACAUUGCACGGACAGAAUUUUCAUGGAAUAUCUUUCUCUCUCUGUCUCUCUCUCCUCUGUCUCUCAAUCAUGUAUAUUGAUACUUUGUCCUUUUUUAAAAGAAAAAUGUUGUUUUUAUUAGUAGUUUCGAUUGUGCAUGGCAUACUUAAGCGACCUGUUUAAAGUGUACUGAUUUUGCAUUAGCCCAAGAACUUUAUAGAAAUGUCUGUUUGUUACUUCUAUGUUAUAUUAGUGAUUUUACCUGUAUUUAUGUAGAUUUGUGUGCAGCCGGUUCCAAGUACCCGUAUUUCCAUGUGGAGUACUGCACUACUGUUUAAUACAUAGUUACACAUUUCAAGUUUCAUGUGUAGUAUAAAAUUUGCUGCAUAUUCAUCUGCUCAUGUUAAAAUAUAUAAGUUAUCAAUAGAAAUUUAGAAUCAUUUGUGAAACUGACAUUAUGAUAAACAUAAAAUGCCUCAUUGACUAAGAGUUUACCUGGCAAAAGUUUAGGCUUAGAGUAGUCAUUCUUAAGUCAUGGGUGACAAUGAAAGAAUGCUGCCUAUGUAAAGAAAUGAAAAUCUCUUGUAUUUUCCCAAAGUAUGUCCAUAUAAGAACUAUCGUUAACUUAAAUUCAAUACAGGGUCCCGUUUCACGAAACUUACUUAUGACGAAGUUUGAACUUACGUUUUAACUUAUGCGUAAACUGGUCAAAAACCUGUUUCACGAAACGUGUCAUAUCUAGGUUAAAAGAGAAAACUCCUCACUUCAGGUGAAGUUUGACCAUAACGUAAGAAUAAUCGGCUAUGCUGCAAUUGCAUAAUGAGGCGUAUAAUUAUACGUGUAGAAUUUCUCUAGAUAUCAACACAGUAAAUACCUCAGACAUACGACUAAAUUAUGCGUAAAUUGUUAUUUAAGACGCUGAGAUGCUUUUCAGAAUAAAUAAUAAAAUGCUUUUAUGUACCUAUAUAAAUUCUGUAAAAAUCAGCUUGUAUUUCACAAUUAACUAUGUACAGGCAGAAAAAAAUCCGUAUUGUAUCUUUUAAAUUCCGCAUUGUACCUUCCGUAUUGUAUGUUGCCGGACUACUUUCAUUAAUAUGCAUGACCUGACACAGUUAUAUAAAUAGUGCACAUAAAAACUUCACUUAGUUCCAUUUUAAUAUCGAUAAACAAUGAAGACUUCGUUCAAUAACAAAACAGCAAACAAAAAGGUAGAUAGUCAUUAUAACAGUAGCUAGAUUCGGGAUGCUGUAUUCGGCUUUCGUGGAUUUUGCAAAGUCGGAUCGCACUCGGCGCUAGCGCGCCUUGUGACAUCCGAUCUGGCAAAACUCCACUCGAGCCGAAUACAGCAUCCCAAAUCGGCCUACUGUUAUAAUAACCCUAAUACAUGUACCCUUGCAAGCAUGAAAUCACAACCUCUCUACUAGAAAUAAUCCCUUUGACAGGAUAAACGAUGAUGAACAUUAAUCAAGAAUGUCAAUAACAUUUAUAUCAUUGUGCAAUGCCUAGAGUACUAAUUGGAAUUUCAUCCAGACGUUACAAGUUAAUUACAUCAAGUCAUUUUCAAAAAUUAGCAAUCUUAUCAUGUUGUGAAAAUUAAUUGAAUACAUCAAAUACAGGUUAUAUGUAUUUCACAUCUUAUGUAAAUCUGAAAAUCAAAAUUAUACUUAUCUGAACAUUAUUUUCCCCGUUGAUCCCGAAUUCAAGAUCGAUAUCCGGAUGAGGAUAUGAAAUUUUGACAGAGGUCAUUACGUACAAGCGUUUUAAAUAAGGUACGGAGAACAGGGUUGACAGUUAUUAAGUGUUGAUAAACUGAAAAUUAAGCUCUAGCUGGAGAGAGCGGUAGGGUCAGUGCUAUAGCAGAAUAGAAAUUAUCUACGGAGUAAUGCGAAGCAUUGUCGCAAUCGAGUGAAUGAGAUUUAAUUUCAAUAAUUAAAUUCUUGAUUUCGAUGUGUAUUAUAUUAUAAUAUAAAACACUUUUAAAGACACGUGUUAAAUAACUAACAUAAUUGUAUCAAUUUAAGUUUUUCAACUAUCUAUUGCGCCACGUAUUUGAAUUAAAUGUAUUGUCAGUUAACAAAUGUUACAAAUAUGCUAGGUAAUUUGAACUUUACUCUGGUGAACACUAUUACAGCUUAUGUUGCCCUUUUCUAACAUAUGAAGUAAGGAAAAUAUUUUAAUAUAUUCUUCAACUCAACAUACAUCUCUUUUCUUCACAGUGAACGGGUUUUAAUGGCUUCUUUCUAUUCAUAGACAAAACCAUUAAUAUUUAUAUAUCCUAAAUUUAAAGGGUGAAAUUAUUAAAAUCAUUUCUUGAACUUUUAAAUUUUGAAAGAUAUUUCAAAUAGCUAACAAAAUACUAUAAAAACUUAUUUAUUUGUGGAAUUAUAAAACAAAUCAGCCCUUAAUAGCUACAAAACAUAUAAAAUGUAAAUCUGACUAUAAUUACUAAAAUCAUUCAGGAUAACUUAAUCCACAUAAUUUUUAGAGCAAUAUCUUUCUGUCAAAAAUAAUAUGAAACGUAAGUAUUAUAUUCCCAUGAAAAGAGAUGUAGUUACAAUGUCUUAUUUUUUAUAUUUUUUAUUAUUAUUAUUAUUUUUAAAUUGCUAGACCUAUAGAAAUGCUAUUACAGAUUUAGUGGAUGUAACAGUAGGACAUAAUUAUUAUUUAUAUGAUGAAGAUUUACUAUGAAGCUGAUAAAAAAUAUGGGGCCCGUUCAACGAAGCCUUCUUAUGACAAAGUUCAAACAUCAUUUGUUAUAACUUGAUUCACUUUAACUAUUCGGACUGAUCAAGAAUUAGGUAGGUACAUAAUGACAGAACAUAAAAACGGUAGAAGUUACAUCCUAUGAAAUAAAUGUGUUUGGAAGUCCAUACAUAGUAUAGAACUUAGAAUGAAAGCUGAGAAUAUUUGUGAAAAAGGUCCCUGCACUUCGAAACAAAAAUCGCGUUCUUUUUGACCACCUGAGUGCGAUAAUGAAAUAAAACCUCAUAUGUUUUUUUCAUACAUUAGUAUUACAUCAUAUUUCUAUCUUAAUAAGCUCCUUUGACAUGUAUAAUCACUGAACAUUCAAAGGUAUAGGUUUCUGUGCUAAGUAUUAUCCUACCGCUCAUAGCCACUGUUUAGGAUAAACGAGUUACUUUAAAAUGACGCUCGUAAAAUGGGGCUCAUUUGUAGAGUAAGAAAACUACUUUAUACUGAUACUUAGCCCUUACCCUGCUAUAAUCCCAUGAUGAACUUUUUUCAAUCUUUCAAUUUGAACAAUACCAUUGACUAUUUAGUGGGGUAUUUGCAAAAAUGAUACUAACUGAAUGGCGAAGAGUGCAGAUCAGUGCAGAUCUUGAUCAGACUGCACGGAUGAGCAGGCUGAUCAAGAUUUACACUGGCCGCAAAGGUAGAAUAAAUUGUGUUCAGUAUACUACAAUGAAAAAGUUUUUCUUUAUAACUUGUUUAUAUCUGUUUUGUAGCUUUAUUGAAUGAAUUGCAACAAUGUAGCAUUAUUUUGUUUUGCAUUUUAGUAGUUUUCAAAUAUUUCAGUAUGUUUCAUAAUUAGUCUUUUUUAUCAUUUUUACGUGCAGGCACUGAAUGCCUUAUGCAUGAUAAGCUAUGUUAAAUUGAUUGGUACAGUGUACCUAAAGUCACUCAUAACUUAUAAUGAUGAUUUCGAUUUAGUUUAGACCGUAUAUAGUAAUAUCAAAAAGUGGAAGAAUUUUGUUGAAACACUAAAAAGUAUUAAUAUUAAUUUUCUGAAAAUGAAAUAAAAAAGUGAAAGUUAGAAAUUAUUGAUGCUGAUAAUUUUUAACAGUUAAAACACAAGGAAAAAUAAUGAGCUUUUAUAAAAUACUAUCUAACAAUCUUGCUGCACGCUUAUCCAAUUUUGCUACAUGGAGACUUUAAUGUGUAACAUGAUUCUUACAAACUUGAAAAGAAUAAACUUUUGUGAUCUAGAUUAACAUAGGGAAUGCUAUACAGUAUACUAGAUACAUCGUUCUUUGCAAACCAGUAUUGCAUUUAAUUACCUUGUUAUGUUAGUCACACUAUAUAUAUUGUACAUAAACUUCUUGCUGUGUAAUCUUACGCAUGUCCGAGUUGUUAUAAUUGAAAUGAUAUCGUAAAUGUUUAAUGUGUGUAAUGCAAAUGAUUAUAAUGAUGAUAUAUUGUUGGUAGUGAAAAUAAAUCAUAUUAUUCUAUAUUUAUUCUAUUUAUCCAAUCGUGAACGUUUAUUUGCAACACGUGAUUGUACAAUAUAUAUCUUUAUUCUAUAUCUAUUUUAUCUAUCCAGUCGCGAACGUUCAUUUGCUACACGUGACCGUACAAUAUAUUACGGUAUCUGGAUGCACGUCCGUACAUAAAUCCUACAUUUUCUGUAUUUGGACGCACGCGCGUACAAAAAAUCCUGUAUUUUCUGUAUUUGGACGGUUCAACAGUCCCUUGUUAAACAUACGAUAAAGCCCGAAACGCGCGAAAAUGUUUCGAAUGUAAAUCGGAUGAAGUAGGCGCUCUAUGUAUAGAGCUUGAUUAUGCGUCUUGAAAUCUGGAUCACAUUUGAGUUUUUUUUUGUUUACAAUACACAAAAAGCACAAUUUAAGUGAUAACUCUGCUAACUGAUUUAGAUAUUAAAACGUUCGUUAAUAAUCAAAAACUUAAAAAUACAGUAAAAAAGAUCAUCAGAUGUUGGAAUAUUUGAAAAGUCGCUAAAAGAAGCCGUUCCGGGCGAAACCUAGAAACUGGAAGAUAUCAGCCCUGAUUGUCUGAAUUUUUUAUUUAAGGUUAAGAAACAAAAUGGAGAAGAUUAUGAAUGGCAGCGGAAGGGCGGUCAGCAUCCAGAACAUGUCUGCUCUCUAAUUCAGUUUUCAUUGGUUCUUCACCAAACUUGCUGACAAUGUCUGCGGGCAUAACAUCUCGGCCAAUUUCGAUAACCAGUCAAACUGUACCAGGCACUCUUUGAUUAUAGUCCUUGAAUUACUCGAAAAACGGGGAAUUUAGCUUUUUCCGCUCUCUGUAGUCGAACAGUUUUCAUCCGAUCUUCACCAAACUUGCUGACAAUGUUUGUGGGCAUAAUAUCUUAGCCAAGUAUUAUUACCACCCAAAUCGCCAAAUGGCUGUUGUAGGGAGGUCGCACCAUAUACUUUUUUUAAUAAUGAUACGCAGCAAAAACAACAUUCAAUGAAUGACGUAUAUUACGUAUGAAGUGAAAUAAAUAUAGAAUAAGGUCUAACAUUGUUCUGUAUAAUAUAUAUUUGCACUCAUACCAAGCUGGGGAAAACUAGAAAAGGCAGGAAUACAAUAUUCAGUGAAACAUUUUAUUAUAGUAAGAUAAAAUAGAUAUAGAAUAAAAAGGCUAUUUAACAUUGUACUGUACAAUACGAGAUAUAUUUGGACUCGUACCUAGCUGAGAAAACCAUAUUAAACUCGCCUAGCGGCUCGCCCAAUAUGGUUUUCUCAGCUGGGUACUCGUCCAAAUAUAUCUCCGUAUUGUACAGAGCAAUGUUAAAUAACCUAAUAGUAUUGGACGUACGUGCGUACAAAAAAACCCUGUAUUUUUUCCGUAUUUGGACGGUUCAACAGUCCCGUGUUAAACAUACGAUAAAGUCCGAAACGCGUUAAAAUGUUCCGAAUGUAAAUCGGAUGAAGUAGGCGCUCUAUGUACAGAGUUUGAUUAUGCGUCUUGAAAUCAUUUAUUGCGUGGGAUAUAGAAUUAGAAUUAAAAGACUAUUUUAACAUUGUACUGUACAAUAUGAGAUAUAUUUGGACUCGUCCAAGCUGAAAAAAAAAACAUUUUGGACUCGCCGUCUAAAUAUAUCUCGUAUUGUACAGUACAAUGUUUAAAAACCUAAUAUUACAUCAGUGUUGCGUUGCUGUUGAUUUACCGUAGAUAGUUUGCUAUACAAUAAAUUUGUUUGUUUCAUCAUGUAAAUGAUUUUUUAUAAUGUAUGAGUCAUUAUCCUAUUCUUCACAAAAAUAUUAGGACUUUUGCAAUAUUAGAAACUGACAAUUUUAUAGUCUUAUUCGAUUUAAUACAAUUACAGAGCCAUAUUUGAAAUAUAUUUGCUUACGAAAGCAUAUAACGUAUCAAAUCGUUUUGUGAUAAGAUCCGGGAAAAGAGAGCAAUUCACAGAAACGUCCCUAAUUGACCGGCAUAUAUCAAAAGAAUUGAUCAAAUACACUGUACCUAGACACGACCUACUUUGAAAUUGCCAACAUAACUGGAAUGUGUAAUAGUGUGCUAAAUUUAUAGUGGACGCACUUUUACCCCGAUGGUUGACCUUUGUAUUAUAAUACAAAAUGAGGCACAACCUAUUAUUGAAAAGGAGUGUACGUUAAACACUUCAUAUCUUUGCAUUCAUAAAUUUAAACACACGGCUAACCUAAGCACACCAUAUUUCUACAAUGAAAUAAUCGAUAUGAAUAAUCAGUCUAAGGUCAACCAUCGCGGUCAAGUUGCGACUACUAUACCCACCUACAAGUUAAGUGUUGUUAUAUAUAACGAAUUAAUAUUAUUCAUUUAUAUGUAUAUACAUAUAUAACUAUAGAUAGGAGCAUCACCUUGUGAUUGUCAGUGAUCCAUUAUAUUUGCGGGACUGAUUUGUGUUCUACGGCGUGACUCUGUCUCUUUAUCGAGACAGUUUAAAGGAUAAUCGCUUAUCGCAUUUAUGGAACGCCUUUUAAGCAAUAUAGCUGGCAUUCUAUAUGAUAUAAAGAGAAAUGCUUGUGACCAAAAUUCCUCAUUCAUUAUAUUUUUAAUAUAAUUUAUUCAAACGUUCAGCAAUAAUCAAUAUUAAUACCUAGUGGUGCAUAAGGGAAUUAUUUUAAAUUGCUCUUUAAUUUCCUGGAUUAAGUCUUGUGUUGUUUUGCUCUAUAUGUCAAUGAAGUCCAGGCGAAGGAAUGAAUCACAUUUGUGACCGCUCUAGUAAAGUAUUUCAAUAGUCAAGGAAAGUGACCGGUUGAGCUAAACCUUAUGUUAUACAUGAAAGGGAAAUAUAGUUAUUCUUGCUAAAAACAAUAACUUUCAGAAUUAAGAAAUACAUAUUUCAUUGAUCUAUUUCUAAAACAUAUAGAAUGGAGCAAUAUUUCCUACAUUAAAGCAUAAUGUUAUGAUAAAAAAACAAGCACACUAUUUACCCAUAAGUAACUUUUUAGGCUGAGUGGUCACACAUAAUUCCAUAACAAUUUCUGGUCUUUGUAACUCCUGGCCGCAGGAAAUCUUUCGACUUUCGGAAAAUCACUUACAUGCUAACAUGCUAAAUUGUCCUUGUAAACGUAGAACUGAAGUCAUCUGAUUAUAUAAACUAUAAUGACUCCGAGGAAUACUACACAGGAGUACUCAACAAUUUAAACUGGAACACAUAGAAGAAAUACUAGGUCAGAUUUAGGACAAGUAUCAAUUUUCUCCGUCAGUAAUCUAAAGAAUUUUGGUUUAAAGCAGUGGAGUCUCCCGCUUAUUACGGGCGUUCAAAACAAUCCCAUUUCUCACAGCAGAAAGAUCUAGUGUCUGACCUUAAACACAGUUACGUUGACAUCAGGUAACAUUUUACGCCGUAGAUGAGCAAUGAAAUAGUGCUUUCCUAUUUCAUCCUAAAUGUUUACAUAAAAGAAAUCAAACAAAGUAGAUAAUUUUUUAACAAUAACUUUUUAAUUGAAUUACUUCCUUUUUAUGUUACUAUAAAUAGCUUAUUUUGUAACUUUUUUAUGAUUGAUCGUAGGGAAAAAAUAAGACCACUUUCCUGUGGUACAACAUGGAUGGUACCUCCAAUUUUUAAGUGUAUUUUCACAUAUAUCUACCUGAUAAAGAUUUUUUUGUGGACUAAGAAUUUUUUUUAUGUUGACUUAUAUUAUUUUUAAUUUCUUCCCUUUGUUCUGCUUGUCCUUUUGGCUUCAGCAGUUAAGUUCUUUAAAUUUUGCUCCUGUCCUCCUCUGAUAGAAUCAUUUAGGCGUAUAUUGACCCGCUUGGCGGAGCUUUCGUUUUCUUUUUUUUGUGUGCAUACGACUAUAGCAUACUUGGGGUGGGGUGGGGGGGGGGAGGCAUUUGUCACCAACAGCUCUUGUUUUAUUAUGUCUCCCCCUCCCCUCCCCCCUCUGGGGGAGACAUAUUGUUUUUGCCCUGUCCGUCCGUACGUCACACUUCAUUUCCGAUGAAUAACUGGAGAACCAUUUGACAUAGAACCUUCAAACUUCAUAGGGUGGCAGAACUUACGGAGUAGACGACCACUAUUGUUUUUGGGGUCACUCCGUCAAAGGACAAGGUCACAGGAGCCUGAACAUGGAAAACAAUUUCCGAUCAAUAACUUGAGAACCACUUGACCUAGAAUAUUGAAACUUCAUAGAAUGAUUGGUCAUGCAGAGUAGAUGACCCCUAUCGAUUUUUGGGUCACUGCAUUAAAGGUCAAUGUCACAGGGGCCCAAACAAGGAAAACCAUUCCGGUCAGUAACUUGAGAACCACUUGACCCAGAAUGUUGAAAUUUCAUAGGAUAAUUGAUCAUGCGGGGUAGAUGACCCCUAUUGAUUUGGGGGUCACUCUUUUAAAGGUCAAGGUCACACGGGCCUGAACAUUAAAAACCAUUUCCGAUCAAUAACUUAAGAACCACUUGACCCAGAAUGUUGAAACUUCAUAGGAUGAUUGGACAUGCAGAGUAGAUGAACCCUGUAGAUUUUGGGGUCACUCAGCUAAAGUUCAAGGUCACAGGGGUCUGAACAUGGAAAACCAUUUCCGGACAGUAUCUUGAGAACCACUUGACCAAGAAUGUUGAAACUUCAUAGGAUGAUUGGUCAUGCAGAGUAGAUGAUCCCUAUUGAUUUUAGGAUCACUGCAUUGAAGGUCAAGGACACAGGGGCCCGAAUAAGGAAAAACCUUUCUGGUCAGUAACUUGAGGACCACUUGACCCAGAAUGUUGAAACUUCAUAGGAUGAUUGAUCAUGCAGAGUAGAUGAUUUUUAUUGAUUUUGGGAUCACUUAAUCAAAGGUCAAGGUCACAGGGGCCUGAAAAUGAAAAACCAUAUCUGAUCAAUGACUUGAGAACCACUUGAUCCAGAAUAUUGAAACUUCAUAGGAUGAUUGGACAUGUAGAGUAGAUGACCCAUAUUGAUUUUGGGGUCACUUAGUUAAACAAGAUCAAGGUCACAGGAGUCUGAACAUGGAAAACAGUUCCCGGUCAGUAACUUGAGAACCACCUGACCCAGAAUGUUAAAACUUCAUAGGAUGAUUGGACAUGCAGAGGAGAUGACCCCUAUCUAUUUUAGGGUCAUUCUAUUUAAGGUCAAGGUCACAGGGGCUGAACAUGGAAAACCAUUUACGGUCAGUAACUUGAGAACCAUUUGAUCCAGAAUGUUGAAACUUCAUAGGAUGAUUGGACAUGCAGACUAGAUUACCCUUAUUGAUUUUGGGGUCACUUGAUCGAAGGUCAAGGUCACAUGGGCAUGAACAUGGAAAACAAAUUCCAAUUUAGUAACUUGAGAACCACUUGACCCAGAAUGAUGAAACUUCAUAGGAUGAUUGGUCAUGCAGAGGAGAUGACACUUAUUGAUUUUGGGAUCGCUCCGUUAAAGGUCAAGGUCGCAGCAGAUAGAAAAUUGAAAUCCAUUUCCGGUUUAUAACUUCAGAACCAUUUGAUCUAGAACCUUCAAACUUCAUUGGGAGAUAGGAAUAACAGAGUCGGUGACCUCUAUUGUUUUUGGGGUUCACUCCGUCAAAGGUCAAGGUCACAGGGGGCUGAACAUAGAAAACACUUUCUAAUCAAUAACUUGAGAACCACUUGACCCAGAAUGUUGAAACUUAAUAGGAUAAUUGGACAUGCAGAGUAGAUGACUCAAAAUGAUUUUGGGGUCACUUGAUCAAAGGUCAAGGUCACAGCAUCCCGAAUAUGGAAAACCGUAUCCAAUUCAUAACUUGAGAACCACUAGGCCCAAAAUGUUGAAACUUAGUGGAUGAUUGGACAUGCCAAACAGGUGAUCCCUAUUGCAGCCAACCAUCAGUGUCUCUUUGACUUUCGCUCUUGUCCCCUAUUGACUUCUUGCAUAUACGACUAUGCAGUGGGGGAGACAUGCGCUUUUUUACAAAAGCAUCUUCUAGUUUAUGUUAGACUUUGUGUUAUAUCUAUUAUGUUCAUAAGUAUUUGUUUUGGUAUUUUUUAAAUAAAUAGAUUGAAAUAUG